UCUCGUCGGGGCUGCCCUCCGCCGCCACCGUAGGCUACGGCAGGCGGGGUGAAUCGAGCGCCGAGUGGCGGCGGCGCAGCCCGGUGACGUCGUCUCCCUGCGCGGCGCCGGGAGGGUGAUGGCGGCGGCGCGGCGCGGCGGGACGGGACCGGCGGGGGAAAAUGGGGGCGCUGCGGCCCGCGGUCCCCGCCGAAAGCGGGUGUGGAGGCCCGUCUGGCAGCGCGGCGUCGUAGGCAGCGUCCAGGAGGGACGAGGAUUUGCAUUUCGGAGAAAACAAAAGGUUGAGAGGCAAUACAGGAAAUUAUUGAAAAAGAGAAGAAAGGUCCGUUCACAACAGGAUGAUCAGUUUACUGAUACCUAUCCAGAGCACUUGAAACAUCUUUACCUAGCCGAGGAAGAAAAAAUGCUUAAGAAACGUCGCAGGCCUCCAGAUGAUUCAGUUUUAUCAGAAGAAAAACUUAAUAAAGCAGUAGAGUCAGUUACUACUGAAGGGAAAUUUAAGAGGAAAACAUCCAAUCAGAAGGCAAAAGAAGAGUAUGAGAAAAUAAAGGCUGAGCGUGCCAGGAAGAAAGAGGAAGCAGAAAAAAGAAAACAACAAAGAGAAGAAGCUCAACGGUUGUACAAACAAAAGAAAAUGGAAGCCUAUAAAAUAUUGUGUAAGAAGACAAAAAAAGGACAGCCAAAUCUAAACUUACAGAUGGAGUUUCUUCUUCAGAAAAUACAGCAAAAUACAUAAACUUCUGCAUACAUCUUAAUUGUAGGUUUUGAGUUACCUAUGGACAUUGUAUUAAAUUACUUUUAAUACGUAAUGUCUUUUUCCUUCUGUAUGACUUUUGUCAUCGUCUUGAUUUGUCUCAUCUGUCCAGUACUGGAGGAUAUUCAUCCUGAAAAUACGUAUUCUGUGCUGAGAGAGAGAGAUCUGAUACCAUGAAAAUAAAUGGUCUAUAUUUCUAAACUUAAAUUCUGUUAGCUAUGUAAUAUCCUGAAUUCCAAUCAUCAGAGCCUAGUACCAUCUGAACAGGAUCUACAUAGUGUAAAGCUUUUGUUUUCUACCUCGAACAUCUCCUGCAAUUGUGACAACUAAAAUUAUGCUUACCUGAGUAAAAUGAUAUGUGUGACAUAACUGAUAUCUCAUGAACUGCCAAGGCUCAGAGUGCGUUUUGUGUGCUGUUGGAUAGGAUUUGGCACAUGAAAACACAAAACAUAAACUAUACUUGGAUGGCUAUUCUCAUUCUCCACAAAGAAUAAAACUUACCAAAGGUCCAAAAAUGGUUUGAACGUAAAGAUCAUGUAGACUUAACAUAUACUUUGUGCUUGGUGAUUUAUA